AUGGCAGUGAACCGAGGAGCGAGGACCCUCUUUGUCCUCCUGCUGUGUUGCUGGCAGGAGACCAUGUUGAAGCCACUGAGCACGACCUCAGGUCCAACUACUGACAUGCUAUUGAGUUCGACAAAUCAGGAUAUGCCCGGACUGUUUGAUGAAAUUCUUGUCCAAGAGAUUUUGGACCCAAAUAAGUCGGCAUUGGCUGAGACAACAAGCAUAUUGUCAACAAUGGCAGAAAAGCUGGCCGAGGAUAAAAAUGCUGGUGUUGAUACUAAUUCUCAAUAUACCAGUGCUGAGAAUUACCACAAAUUAUUAGAUAAUCUACGUUUCUCUUCUGGCAAUAAAGACAAAAUUUUCAGUAAUGAAGCCAGCACUAAAGAGAAUCUCAAGGCCAGUGUUUCUAAGAAAUACAAAGGCUCACAGUCGUCAGUGGGCAAUGAGGGGACAACUUCCAGUAAAGGGAAGAAGAGUUCAAAAACUAAUCAAAUUAAAAGAGUAUCAGUUCUGGACAAAAUCCUUCAAAAUACAGAAAGAACUUCAGGUAAUUGA